GACGCGUACACGGUGGCAGUGGCUGUUUCGCUCCCUGAUGAGUUUGCGCUGCAAGCGGUGUGGGGUGGUGGCGAUGGCCAAGACGUCGAGUUCAAGAUCGCACACUUGCCGCCCAUGGUGCUGCACGUCGAGCCGCGCGAGGGCUAUCCCUCGCGCUGCUUGCCGGGUUUCCGGCUGAUGUGCGACUGGCUGACCCAGGAGCAGAUGGAGGCGCUGGCAGAGGUGGUGCGGGCUGAGGUGCUGGACGAUGCCGAGGGCAACGUGAUUGUCUUCAGCAUCAUCUCGUUCCUUGCCGCCGAGGUGCUGGACGCGCUGGCCAUCGACUCGGUCCUCGUCCUCGAGUCGCAGCAGAACUUUUUGGCUCGCCGGCCGGCUCUGAUGCCGAGGCGGAGGCACGGCGGGCGUUUGCAAGCGAGGGCGCUGGCGUUGACGAGUCGGUGCUUGAGGUGGAGAGCCUGAUGCCUUCCAAUCUCGAUGAUGUCAUCGCGCUGGUGCUCGAGCACGACGGCGCGACCAAGCUUGCACAGUUUGAGGCUUCGCAACAAGAGUGUGCGGUGUGUUUCAACGACGAUGCACUUGGCUCGUCCUUCACCAUUCUCCCGUGUGGACACUACUUUUGCAGCGAGUGCAUGACGCGCCUCGUGACGCUGUGCAUCACCGAGAACCGGCUCGACGACCUCGUCUGCCCCAACCUCGAGUGUACAGGUGAGAUCGGGCCGGCCACUGUGGCAGGUCUGGUUGACGCUGAGCUGUAUGCCAAGUACGACCGGUUCUCACUACAAAAGGCGCUGGCGGCGAUGGAGGACGUAGCGUUCUGCCCGAGGCCAACCUGCGGGACGCCCAGCCCGCUGCACGCCGAGACCCAGCAGGGCGUGUGCCCGAAAUGCAACUACAUGUUCUGCGGGCUGUGCCUCAUGACUUCGCACUCGACACCGUGCCUCGGGCCCGAGGCACGGGUCAAGAUGCUCAAGGAGCGGGCAGCCCAGAACAAGUUGCAGCAGCAGGAGCUGCUCUCGAUCGACUUUAUCGCGCGGACGUCCAAGUUCUGUCCGACUUGCGGUGCCGUCAUCUACAAGAACGGUGGCUGCGCCAAGGUGACGUGCAUCCGCUGCAAUCAAGCCAUGUGCUGGCGAUGCGGCGUCGCCAUCUUGUCGUACGACCACUUUCAAAGUCGCAAUGCAAGCUCUUUGAUCGCGAGCCCGAUCCGGCCGAAGGUGCCCGGAAUCUGCACUUCCAGGUCGACAUGAACAUCCAACGCAUGAUGCACAUGCGGUUUUUUGGUGCGACUCAUCACGCCAAGAUCGUCCGCAAGAAGUGCCCCUUCUGCGGCCGAAUGGCCGCCAAGAUGACCAAGGACAACAACAUCCGAUGCCCGGCCUGUCGCAACUCGUUUUGCUUCACCUGUGGCGCCGUGGUACGCAAGGGUCACUUUGGCCCUGGCAAGUGCAAGCAGCAUACCGAUCUUGUACAGGAAGCGACCUAGUAGCCUACCUAACACUCUUCGCCCGC